CUUGAUGGGUCGCAAUUCCAGGUCGGGGCAAACGACGGCAGCGGCGGCGGACUUACCAUCGGAAUUGCCGCGUGUAUACUACAUUGAAGCAGGUUUCCUGGCAGUGGGCAACUUAUUGCGUCCAGGACACUGGGUCAAAGACGAAUGCCGCAGUCAUUGCAACAUAUGCAUGCAGCAAUUUCACGCAUUCCGACGCAGACACCACUGCCGCACGUGUGGCGAAGUGUUGUGUCACAGUUGCUCCAAGCACAAGAAGAUCCGUCUUCUCCAACUCAACUAUGACCUCGGCGUCCGCAUCUGUACUUUCUGCGUCAUGCAGGCUACAGAUGCAACUCAAGAUGUCCGUCGACGUUGCAAGGCGCCCUUGAUGCGACCUGAAUCAAGGGAGACGUUGGCGUGUCGGAUUCUAGGGCCCCACGGGGGCAAUAAUGAAAUCCAGGACCUUCCUGAUAGCGUCGUUGACGAUAAAGGUUCAGAUAUGACAUGGCGUGUUACGUCACAGAUGAGCAUGUGUCCCGCAUGGCCACCCACAGAAGAAUGCACAGCCAUGUCGAUAUUGGACUGCGAUCGACAAGCAGACACAGUCGCUUCAGGCGACAAUACGCUGAAUGUGCUUGUCCAUCUCGUUGCAAACUCUCUGUUUUGUCACAUGGUAUACAUUGGUAUCAUCCUACCACGGCCGUUCUCGUCGCCAUCCACAACCAACAGUCACUUCCAAGUCAGUAUCGGCCUUCCUCCAAGCCUGGUGUCGUCCGACGUGUGCAGCUUGAUGUGGUCCCAAGAAGGAAAAUACACCGUUGUACUCCACGACACGCUGGACGCUAGCGACGAGUAUUGCCCUCCAGCGUUGUUGGCCCACGGCAUUCGGUAUUACGCCGGUACCCCCAUCCACGUUAGAGGAUCGAUGGUUGGGAUUGUUAUGGCCAUGGAUGUUGUACCGCACACUCAAACGAGUUUGGAGCAGCGCAACACCCUAGAAUUGGUGGCGCGUAUCGCGGCGGAAGUGCUGGAAGAGCGCGAAGCCGUCAACGAGAUGGCCAAGCAACGGCGCCUUAGUAUCAACAACGCCAGUCCUUGUCCCGACGAAAGGGAGCAAAGAAAUACUUAUGUACCAAUCAAAGAUGACGACGACGUGGUGGAUUCGCACGAGCCGUCGACUCUUCCUUCAACGACGGCACCAUCGAUUGGGGAUGAGACGAAAGAAAUUCUUGUGACUAUGUCGCGUCGACGGCGGCAAUCCACGAUUUCGAACGUGUUUGACCAUGGGAUUCACUUGGCCAUGACGUUUUAUCGCGCGCUAUUGCGGAGUGCAUGGGAGCUGGAGCGGGAAGUGGACGGCACGAGACUGUUUUCACUCGACGAGCGUUUCGAAUGGGGUUACCUCAAAGCGACAAAAGUUCUCCGUGUUGACGGCAAAGCCGACUGGAACAAGAUACUAGACCUCCGCCACGUUAAAGUCUACGGGGACAUUGUUGCUUCGUCGACAAAGCGCAAAAUGCUCGAUUUGUACACGACCCUCGACGUCGUUCGGUUUCACCCGGCUACUCUCUCUCGGUCCUCGUCGACUUCCAUCCCUGACGAGGUGCAAUUGCUCUGCCAUCGAAGGCAGUACCCAGGCGGCGCAUGGACCAUGAUUGCAAUGGACACGUCGGACAUGACGUUCUGCUUGGCUUGGCUUAUUUCCCCCCAUUCACUCGACGAAGUGUUGGUGUCUGUGGUUGUGCCACACGUUGCCGCCGGACUCACUGACAUCCUGCUCGUUCGACUGCUGUCUCGUGUGCAAGAGGUGACGACGAACAUGGGCGAUUUACGAUUGAGCGCGUGUUCAGGGACUGCCGACAUCCUUGAAACUCGCGGGAUGCGCGCCUACUCGUGUAGUGUUAUCCCAACGACGACGACAAAGCGUGAAGGAAAUGGUGCGACAGUCCAAAGGUCACAGUUCUGGGACCUCUUGAGCAAGACGAUUCUCACGCAGCAACUGUUGACCCAACAACAAUCCAGCAUGAUGCAAACGCUCAACGAAAACAGCGAGAAACUCAAGCGGCUGUCGAAUGCAGUCGACCGCGUUGAGAGUCGUUUGGACGCGAAGGCAUCGUAAUGGAGUCAAACAUAACAACACACAAACCUCUUGUUCUUUGUUUUGCG